GUACAACUCAUGCUCACCUUCCACCACUAAUUCUUGACCAAUAACAUUUUUAUCCCUAAAAACUCUCUUGCCCACAAAUCUCAAGCAUUCUCUCCUUCAUCCCUAUAUGAUUCUUAAUUAAUGUACCCAUCAUUUCUUUAUAAGCCCCAAAUUUUUUUUGACAUAAUCCUAAUUAAGACCAAAUUAAAUAUAUAAAUCAACAAAGAAAGAAAAAAAGAGAUUGAAACCAACAAUGGCUUUACCAAUUCUUUUGCUAUUGUUGGUUUCAUCCUUUUCCUCAAUCAUUCCCUUUUCCCAUUCUGCCCUCACUGUUGACUAUUAUUCCAAGACUUGCCCUAAUUUCCAACAGAUCUUAAUGGAAAUCGUCCAGAAGAAGCAACAAGAGUCCCCGACCACCGCCGCCGCCGUCCUCCGCCUCUUCUACCACGACUGCGCCGUGAACGGAUGCGACGCCUCCGUGCUCAUCAAGUCCACCGCCUUCAACAAGGCGGAGAUCGAGGACGAAGUCAACCUGUCCCUCGCCGGCGACGGCUUCGACGUCAUCCAGCGCGCCAAGACCGCCCUCGAGCUCCAAUGCCCCACCACCGUCUCAUGCUCUGACAUCCUCGCCGUCGCCACCCGCAACCUCAUCGUCCAGCUCGGCGGGCCCUACUACGACCUCCGAUUCGGCCGGAAAGACGGCGUCGUCUCCCUGGCCUCCGGGGUCACCGGGAAGCUCCCGCGGGCAAAUUCCACCGUCGAUCGAAUCAUCGACGCCUUCCAAGCCCUCGGAUUCACCGUCCCGGAGACGGUCGUCCUCAUCGGCGGCGGCCACACCAUCGGGUUCGCCCACUGCAAGGAAUUCGCAGAUCGAAUCUUCGGGUCGACGCCCGACCCGACCAUGAACCCUAAGCUCAUCGGGCGGCUACAGACAUUGUGCGCCGACUACAAGAACAACACGGGAAUGGCGGCGUUUCUGGAUCCGAUGAGUCCGGGGACGUUCGACAACACCUUCUUCAGGAACCUGAGGAACGGAUUGGGAGUGCUGGCGUCGGACCAGCGGCUGAUGGGCGACGGCCGGACGAGGCCGUUCGUGGAGAAAUACGCAAAGGACGCCGCCGCGUUCGCCAACAAUUUCGGGCGAGCCAUGGAAAAGCUGAGCGUUUACGGAGUGAAGACGGGGGAAGAAGGCGAGGUGAGGAGGAGGUGUGAUCUUCCUAACAAUCAAUGAUAUUUCAUGGAGAAUUUGAACUAAUUAGUUUGUAAAUAUUUAAAAUGCUAAGUGUGCAUUGCAAAUUGCAUGUAUAUAUGAUACCUUGUGUAAUUUGACCUCAAUUGUUGUGCAAAAUUUUCAAUCUUAAAAAUUACUUAAUCUUCAAUAUUCCAUUCUAAACUGUUACUCCGUUGUCCCAAAUUAAAUUAUUUGUUUUAUUUAAUGGGAUAAAAUUUCAUUCAUUUUCUUAUCUUAUUUUUGUUAGUCUUUUAAUAAAAUAACAUAAUCAUG